AUGUCGACCUCACCACAGAAGAGGCGGAUGAUGUAUCAGAAGCAAGGGACGGACUUGAGCUCCGCUAGUAGCACCAUCAGCUUCAGCGUGGCCUCGGCAGCCCACAGCUUCCGGCGGCGCAGUACGGUGGAGGGCCCAUCGCCCACGGAUGAUCUUCAGAGCAGCAAUCGCAUCGAGCAGAAGGAAGUGACCCGAUGCAGAGAGAUGCUAAGCAACAUCGUGGCGGGCACGAACACCGAUCCCAUCAACCAAGAGUUCUAUAAAUGCGUCUUGUUUAAGAACCGCUUGGUGACCCGCUGUCAAGUGCUCCACUUUGCGGUCAUGGAAGCAGCGCGACUUCAAAACGGCGGCUGCGUGCGGCAGGUGCUGGAGGCCAAGGCCGACGUGUUUGCGAAGGCCAUGUAUACCACCGUGAAGGGCGAAGUGGCCUACGAAACGGAGCUAGGAGCCAUUCACAUCGCUGCCGGCUUGGGCUCUGUCGAGGCCAUGGAAGCCUUAUGCUGCGGAGACGUGGACGUGCGCCGACUCGUCUCCAGCCCCGCCACGGUGAAUCUUCGAGGAAGCCCCGAGCGCUUUGACUUUUACAGUCCCAUUCAUGAUGCCGCCUAUUUGGGUCAAAAGGAUGCGGUGCUUUGGCUCUUGCGCCACAAAGCGCAGGCCGACGCGCAGAACAAGGAUGGGUGUACACCCCUGCACUUUAUCGCGCUGGUUGGAGGCCGUGGGAACUUGAUGGACUCAGAGGUGCAAGAAGUGGUCCUGGAGUUGCUGGACUGUAAGGCGAACUUGGACGCGAGGUCCUUCUCUGCUCGUCCGCCGUAUCCCUGUGACCCCUUCCUUCAGCAGAAGAUCCCUCUGGAGAUCGCCGCAGAGACGCAGUAUCCAAAGCAUUUGAUGUAUUUGAUGGCAGCGUCCUACCAGUCGAUUGAUUUGGACACACCCAGAGCCUUCGCAGAUAUCCGCCUUUUGUCCAACUGCAAUAUGAAAGUUGCGGAGGAUUUUGCGCACGACCUGGUGGACCGGGCGAGGAACAACCAACAGCUGCAGGACAUGAUCAUUAAGGAGGCGCAGAUGAGUGGCGCCGUGGACCGCAUUGCAGCCUUGCUGUACAUGGUCCCCAGCGCUGGAGCUGCCCUGCUGGACAUGCUGACAGUGCCACCCGCUGUCCAAGAUGCUGCAAAGCAUCCCUUGCCAUCCCGUGCCCCGUUGCACACGGGCCCGGCGCGGUGCACCUACCGACCGGACGUGGUGCAACGGCGUCAGCUGAUGUGGCCACAGUGGGAGUAUGAUGCGGACAACCAGGUGUGUCAGGCCUGGCACUCCGCCUUCAUCCCCUUGCGGGUUGCGGCCGUUCGCCAAGACAACGUCUAUGAUGUGGACGUGAAGGUGGUGCUGCUGCCAAACCUGCUGGAUGUGGAUAUCUUUAUGGCCUUGACUCGGACCUGGGAGACGGACAACCACGUCUUUGCGAAGCUGCCCAUCCAGGGCGCCAUCUACUGCCUUUGGGACAAGCUGGUGUGGCCCGUCUUCGCGUCCUCCUGGCUCUUCAUGGGUGUCGAGCUGGCCGUCUUGCUGGCCUGGGGCCUCCAGUCCAGCGAGGCGAAGAGCAACUCCCUGCAGAACCAGCAUCGGAAUUGGUCCAUCCUCCUCGCUGGUGCCGUUCGAGAAGGAAUGAACCUCUUCUGGUGGUUCCUGGCACACUGGAGCAAAUGGCACUCGCAUGAUGAUCCCACCAUGAAGUCGCUUUGGCACCCGACAGUCUUCUUCACCGAUGUUUGGUUCCUCUCCUCCUGCUUAUCCUUGUCAUGCCGGCUUCUCCUGGUGUUGCCUUGCGUUUAUGACUCCUUCUUUAGCAACAUGGAUCCAGUCAUGUCAGAGUGGGAGCAGGGUCUACUUGCAAUCAACACCUUUGCACAGGGUUUUGCCGUGACCUACAUGCUGCGGCUGCUCCAUAGGUUCAAGAGGAUCUUAGCGAUCUUCAAGACAUUUUUCAGCCGCACCAUUCUGGAGAUGCUCCUCAUUGCUGUCAUGAUUUUCGCCUCCUUCUCCUUCGCCUUUCUGACCCUGAUCCGUCGAGAGCAGGCGGCGUGGACCGUCACCUACCUCUACCGGGGCUUGAUGUUCGGCGAUGGCGAUGGCCUAGAUCGCAUGGGCCUAAUGCUGGGGAGCACGGAGGAGGACAAUAAAAUCGCGCUGGUGCUCUUUAUGGUCUCUGGCACUAUCCUCUUCAACAUCACCAUCCUCAACUUGGUCAUUGCCAUCUACGGCAAUGAGUACGAGCAGGUGAACGCGGAAACGGAGCUCCAUUUCAUGAAGGAGAGAGCGAAGUACAGCUUGAUCUAUGUGGAGAUGCUGCACAAACAGCGUUUGUUACACAUCGUCCAAGAGAUCGCUGAGGUGAGUAGCAUGGAGCAAGUGCCGGUCUUCACCAAACUGGUUCUAAUCCUGGCACAAUGGCUUCUUGCCAUCUUGGAACUACAAAAGAACUUGAUCUCUCGUGUCGCCCACUUGGCACCCCUGCGGACGCAGAUCCUGUUGGCCAUCGCCCUUGUGGCGUUGGUCGCGGCGCCUUGGCUCCUGCGUCUUUUGGACCGGAUCUUAAACGUGCUUCCCAUCACCGGUGCUUUCGUCAUCUCUACAGCUGAGAUUGCAUGGCAGGCGAUGUUGAUUCAAGCUGACUGGUUCCUGCCUGACGCGCCGGAGCUGGCACCCGGCGUGGAAGUGGCACAGAUCAACAGCGACCUCAAGGGCGUCGUGGAGUGCCAGGAGGGCGACAAAUGGCGGGUGAAACACACCGAGAACGGCAGAGAGGGGUUCUUUUUCGCGACUGAAAGCCAACUUCAGAUACAAAACUCGAGCUUCCUGUGGAUAUGUCAUCGUUCAGAUUACAACGAGGAGUUCUUUCAGAGGACCGAAGAGGUCUCCAGACGUGACCUGGAGCAAGUGACGCAUCAGCUAGAAGAGACCAAACAGAAGUUGGAAGAGAACAAGCAGAAGUUGGAGAGACUGGAGCGAAAUUUGGGCGGCAAGUUGGAUGUCCUGAUGAGGUAUUUGUUUCGCCGCUUUACAUGGCCAGUUUCACAUGAGAACCGGCCUAGAAUUUAUCCGCUCCAGGCUCAUGGGGGAUGGCUCCCAUGGCUCCCAUGGCUCCCAACACUCCGACGCGGAGCCCAACGGCGCCCCUGA